AUGAUAAAUCAAGUCUUGAACGGCCAACUUCAACAUUCAGCGGGAAACUUCACGCAUAGAGUACUCGAACAAGUCAUCCUGUUUCGUAUUGUGCCUGUGGUGUUACGCGGGAGUAAAGCUACCAUUAACACGUUCGCUUUUCUCGACGAAGGAUCGUCACUGACGCUUGUCGAAGAUAAACUUGCAAACGAGCUCGGCGCCAACGGGAUUACGAAGCCUUUGUGUCUGAUGUGGACCGGAAACGUGACGAGGAUGGAAUCAGCAUCAAAACAAAUUUCUCUGACGAUCUCGGCGGUGAACGGAAAUAAGGAGUACGAGGUAGAAGAUGCACGUACAGUGAAGGAGUUGUCUCUUCCAAAACAAACAGUAUCAUUUGAACGCUUGGUCAACCAGUAUCGUCAUCUCCAAGGACUUCCGAUUGCCAGCUAUGAAGAUGCUACACCCAGACUGUUGAUAGGAGUAAAUAACUUGAAUCUGAUUGUUCCACUACGAACUAAAGAAGGCCUACGUUACGAACCCGUUGCUGUCAAAACCAGAUUGGGCUGGUGCGUCUACGGCGGAAAGAUGGGUGAGGGAACAACACAUACAGUGAACUGUCAUUCAUGCGGUUGCACUGUAACUCAAGAGCUGCAUAACACAGUGAGAGAUUAUUUCGCGCUAGAGGAUGUCGCGGCUAAGGCGGUGACCGUGCUUGUGUCAGAAGAAGAGAAGCGUGCCCAUCGUAUCCUAGAACAAACGACAACUCGUAUUGGCAAACGCUUCGAAACGGGGCUGCUAUGGAAGUAUGACCAUAUUGAGUUCCCUGAUAGCUACAAUAUGGCUAUAAGCCGACUGGAAUGCCUGGAGAAGAAACUGUCACGAGAACCGAAGCUUAAGGAGAUCGUUCAGGAGCAGUUGACUGCAUACCAAACAAAAGGCUACACCCAUCUCGCUUCAAAGGAGGAACUACUCAAUGCGGACCUGAAACGAGUCUGGUAUCUGCCACUAGGACUGGUGACGAAUCCUCGGAAGCCAGACAAAGUGCGAAUAAUUUGGGAUGCAGCGGCAAAGGUCAGUGGAAUUUCUCUCAAUACGGCGCUUCUGAAAGGUCCCGAUCAACUGACUUCGUUACCAGCGGUCCUGUUACGUUUCCGCCAGUUCAAAGUUGGAGUUACCGCAGACAUCAAAGAGAUGUUCCAUCAAAUCUCCAUACGCAAAGAAGAUCGCCACUCUCAGCGAUUCCUCUGGCGUUCGGAUCCUUCACACCGUCCGGAGAUCUUCUUGAUGGAUGUGGCGACGUUUGGAUCAACGUGCUCACCCGCAUCAGCGCAAUUCGUGAAAAACAAAAACGCUGAAGAGUUUCGGGAACAAUAUCCUCGCGCCGUGGAGGGCAUAGUUGAAAACCAUUAUGUGGACGACUGCUUGGAGAGUUUUGAGAGCGCUGAAGAAGCCUUGCGCGUCAGUCGAGAAAUGCGCAUGAUACACGAUGAAGGAGGCUUCGAACUGAGAAGCUGGCAUUCGAACAGUGCAGAAGUGCUAAAUGGCUUAGGCGAAACCAAAUCAGCUGAAACGAAGACCAUCGUUCAAGGCGGUGGAUUCGAGCGCGUGCUAGGACUACUGUGGAGUACGGAAGCAGAUGAACUUCACUUCUCUACAACGAUGACGAACGAGAUCCAGAACUUGGUGGAAGGCAACCAACGUCCAACUAAAAGACAGAUGCUGAAAUGCCUAAUGGGUUUCUUUGACCCACUGGGACUUAUGAGUUUCUUCCAUAUCCAUGGUAAGAUGCUUCUGCAAGACGUCUGGCGAUCGGGAAUCGAGUGGGAUGAUGUGGUCAGCGAUAGUAUCUUUGAGCGUUGGCUGAAAUGGACAAGACUCUUCAGCGAAGUUAGCGUAGUGCGCAUACCCAGGUGUUACUUCCACGAAGCGACCCUAGAACACUAUGAUGGACUACAGCUGCACGUUUUUGUGGAUGCUAGCGAGGUAGCUUACUCCGCAGCUGCUUAUUUUCGAGUAGUGAAUCCUCACGGUAUAGGCGAAUGUGCGUUGGUCGCUGCGAAGGCGAAAGUAGCUCCGUUGAAGCCCCUCUCAGUGCCCAGGAUGGAAUUGCAAGCAGCUGUUUUGGGAUCGCGGUUGAUGAAAUUCGUGGAAGAAGCUCAUAGUCUCACCAUAGCGCGAAGGUACUUGUGGACCGAUUCGGCUACUGUGCUGUCGUGGCUUCGAGCGGAUCAUCGCAGGUAUAAGCAGUUCGUGGCCUGUCGUAUUGGAGAGUUACUUACCACAACGGAUGCCGGUGACUGGCGAUGGGUGCCCUCGAAAUUUAACCCUGCUGAUGCCGCAACCAAGUGGGGUAAAGGCCCAAAAUUGACAACGGACAGUAUGUGGUUCAAAAGUCCAGAAUUCUUGUGCGAACCGGAGACAAGUUGGCCUGUUCAAAGAAUUCGUUCCGUGGACACGGAAGAAGAGUUGCGCCCUUGCUAUGCGCACCGCGGAAUUAUCCUGCCAACGCUGAUAAUCGAUUUGGAUCGAUUUUCAAAGCUUUCUCGGGCGGUGAGGACCAUCGGCCACGUGCAUAGAUUUCUGGGGAACCUGAAACGGAAGCGACUCAGCGAGAAUGCGGUAAAUGGAAGAUUCAGUUCGGAGGAGCUCAAAUCGGCAGAACGCUCAUUGAUACGGAUGGUGCAAUGGCAGGCAUUUCCCGAUGAAAUGGCGAUAACAGCGCGAAAUCAACAGAAAUCAGCUGAGCAGUGGGAACCUCUGGACAAGAGCAGCAGAAUUUACCAGUUGUCUCCGAUCGUGGAUGAUUAUGGGGUGCUCCGGAUCGGCGUGAAACCGUGA